CCUCUGAUCUGUCUGCACUUAUCUUCUGCAGCCUUCACUUUGACAUUUGGAGCAUGUGUGAAUGAGGCGCGGGGCGCGGAGAUCCCGUCCCUGAAACACCGGGGUAGGCGAAGUGACACAGCAAUUUCCACGAUGCAUUUUUAAUUAAUUCACCAGUCUCUUCUGUGAGGAAUUGUCUAAUAUAAGUGCAGCCAUCAUGACAUCGGUUUGGAAGAGACUUCAGCGCGCUGGCAAAAGAGCGUCGAAGUUUCAGUUUGCCGCGUCCUUUCAAGAACUCACCGUAGAGUGCACCAAGAAGUGGCAGCCAGACAAACUGCGAGUGGUUUGGACCAGACGAAACAGACGCAUCUGCAGCAAGCUUCAUGGCUGGCAACCAGGUAUCAAGAACCCAUACAGGGGGACUGUGCUUUGGCAGGUUCCUGAGAGUGUGGACAUCACUGUCACUCUUUUUAAGGAUCCAAAUACAGAUGAAUUUGAGGACAAAGACUGGACCUUCAUCAUAGAGAAUGAAACAAAGGGCCACCGAAAGGUUUUAGCAUCAGUGGAUGUGAACAUGAAGAAGUAUGCGAGCGUGAUCCCGGCUCAGUUUGACCUGACGCUUACACUAAAGCCUCUGUCUGUGAAAGUGUUGGAUGCCACACUUAAACUCACCCUGUCCUGUGUCUUCCUGAAGGAGGGCAAAGCUACUGAUGAAGACAUGCAAAGUCUGGCGAGUCUGAUGAGUUUGAAGCAGUCCGACAUUGGAAACCUGGAUGACUUCAAUGACAGCGAUGAAGAGGAGGACAAAAGAAUGAGUGCAGCAGUGAAAAUGGCCACAGCAGUAAUAGCUCCUCUUCCUCCUGCUAGGAGAAUACAUGACAAAGCCUGGAGACCUGCUGUAGACGCAGGUCCCUCUAACCCAGCUCAUUCUGAACCAGAGCGGAUGAGCUGUUCCUUCACUACACCUAAUGUUCCACUCCAGUACCGCCCCCUGUCAUACACCGCUCUUGAACCGUCUGCCCCGCCCCUCUCCACUUCCUGUAUCCAACUCCCCCGUGCUGCCGGUAGCGACCCGCAGGCACGCCCCUCCCCGUACGCCUUCACUAUACCUGCAUUUGCACGUGCUCAUCCACCUGCCUUGCCCAAAAUCUUCCAGCCGCCAUCCGGCUCAGUUGCUGUAUCUGUCACUCAAAAGCCGUCUGGAGGUCUUGCUAGGUCUGAGUUAUUGGAGAGCAGUCGCUCUGCUGAGGGCGGUGCAGUUCCUCCCCAAAGGCCUCUCUCUUUUCUUCCUGGGACUAGCACACCUUUCUCGCUUUCCUCUGCUCAGUCCUCCUCGUCCCCUCAGCAGACUCCUCUGCCUGAUAUAACCCAGAAAGCCACCCAUUCUGUUGCUCGUAGCAAGACCUGGAGGCCUCAGAGUUUUCCCUCUUCACACUCCUCUCCUUCUGAUUUCCACCCCUCCUCCUUUGAGUUUGGCUCCUCCCCUCAAGGCACAAUGACUUUACCUGCACCACGGCCCUCAAAAGUCUAUCGCGCCUCAUUGGCUGAGCCAGGCUCUGCUCUUACAAAGCCUUCAAGCAUGCCCUCUGCCACUGAGACAGCAUCUUGGCAAAAAGAGUGGAGGCCUCCCAAGCUGCACCCUACUCUGUGUCCUGCUCCCCUUACCUCUCCAGAACACAUUAAACAAGAGUGUCAUCCAGCCUCAGUGACCUCAUCUCUACCUGCACAAACCUCUCCCCUAAUGUAUGUCCCCCUUCCUGCAAUAUCUUCAUCCCAUGUGCUUCCACAACCAAUGGUAACAUCUCCCAGUGUGGUUCCUUCCUCUGAGAUGCCCAUCAUUGAGUCAGUCCUUACUUCUUGCUCACAAACCCUGUCAGCUGCCAUCCUUUCUCCUGCUCCAGCAUCACUGGUUUCUCCCUCCAUUGCUCCUGCUGCUUCAUCUAGUUCUCAGUCCACCCCGUAUCCAUGUGUUUCUACUCUCUUGUCAUCUCCUCAUCUCACUCUUUCUGAUGCUCCUCUAAGUUCCACUUCUGAUGUUGGUCCUGUGGUCACUGCACCUGUUGUUGCCGAGUCAGAGCCUCUCCCAGAGGUCCAGACAUCUGAAUGGAGGCAUCAGGUUGUGCCCACAGUGGUUAGACCUAAUGUGCGCAGACCAGUAGCCCCUCUUCCUGUUAAUGCCCCUACCUCUCCAUUCUCUUCCUCUCCUUUCAUUCUUCCUCCACCCUCAUCCAUGAUCCCUGACCCCCACAUUUAUGCCCAAGCGUCCACUGUGGCCCCUGUUAUUGCAUCCAUUUCAGUCCCUUCCAUUGACACACUCACAGAGCAACACAGACAGUUAAGUGUAUUAGCAGAGGAGGAAUGUCCCAAUACAGUGUCUUCUACUGAUGAGGAUGCAGAUGCUAAGCCCACAGAUGUUCAUCAAAACCAUGAACCUCACCCUCGCAGAGCCGGAGUCAUCAGUAUAGCCAUCCAAAAACCAAACAGCAGUAUGGACAAGCAACGGCCUGUUUUUGGACUUGAGGUUGUGCGGCCUGCAAAAGGACCAGAGAGUAUGACCUCUCUGCUGCCCAGUGACCAAAAGUCACCUAUCACUGAUGUCACAUAUUUUGAGUUGCCAAAAUCCGAGCUGUCUGAUACAGAUAGAGUACACCCCCAUGCAGCCCUCGAAAAUGUUGCAGAACCUGUUGUGGUCCCUACAUUAACUGAGGUCCAGAUCAAUCAGUCAGAGAAUUCACAGAGCUCUGCCGAGCUGGCUGUUUUACACUCAGCUGCACAUGAGCAGACAGAAGAUGAGACGAUUCCUCAUAAAGACAAGACAGAGCCCUUUCAAAGUAGCGUUCAACUAGCAGAAAUACAAGCGCAAGAGGCCAGCCCAGAAUCUGUGCCACAGCUGCUCUCAAAUAUAGAAAUGUCCCAGUCAGAUCAUACUAAUGAAGGCACCAAAAGCAUGGCCGCUUUGCUGCCCUCUUGCCCAAAAGAGUCCCAUUCUCCUUGGUCACCAUCCAUAUCAGCUGAUGACAUAGCUGAGAAUCAAGUAGAAGACUUAUUUGUAGACCGUCUACCUUGGAUGAAACAGGAAGGAGAAGAGCCUAAUUUUGACACCUCUCCAUCUGUUCCCAGUAUGAUAUAUCUUCUUCCAGCCUGUCCAAGAACUGCUUUUGCACCUGGGAUGCCAUCUAUAACCUUUCGAGACACAAAGUGGCCUUGGGAUGAAUCUGUGAAGAUACUGAAAGAGUACAUUCAAAAGGAGAAAUCAGCAAAAAUUAUUCAAGAUAUGGAUUGCUCACUGUAUGACCAAAGCACUGUGGAAAAUAUGGUAUCCCUACAGUUAACUUGUCCAAAAGCUGCCAGCAUCCCAGGAUUCCCAUCUUUGCCAUUUUAUAUGGUCGACCUUCUUCCAUUAUGUCCAGAUGUCUCUGUAGUUCCAGGUUUAUCUUCAAGAUAUUCAGUCAUUUGCACAGAUGAAACCUGGCCUAAAGAGAAUUUAGUAUUAUUCUUUAGGAAAAACAAGGAACAGAUUUUGCCAAUAAAUUCAAUGAAGGUGGAUUUUGAAACUGCAAGAAAGAUGGUUGCAUUAAGAUCCUCUUGCUCAGCAGCACCCAAGAUUCCAGGAUUUCCAUCUGCUCCAAAACAAGCUGCACCAAGUAUGGUCAGGAUUUUACCAUGUUGUCCAAAGAUUUCUUGCAUUGCUGGAUUUACAUCUGCAAAAGAACAUGCCAGUCAAAAUGUCUUCCAACAGUGGCCACCCAACAAUCAAUCAUCUGUGAUAAUAGCACAAAGGAACCAGUCCAGUUUGCCUCAAGUUCUAAAUAUACUGCAAGAUGACCAGUUAACAGAGAUGGUUAACUUAGUACCAUCUUGUCCAAGAAAAGCAAGGACUCCUGGUUUUCCAUCUGCACCAAAACGAAAACAAGACAUUGCAUUCUGUAUGACAAAACUCCUACCUCUAUGUCCAACAACCUCUUGUGUCUCUGGAAUAUCAGCUAUACACAUUCUUACAAGCACUUCAGAUUCAUUUAAGGAGUGGCCAAUGGACAUUAAACCAUUUUGGAUGAAGACACUAGCAUCUCAGUCGUGUCAUUUAAUCUGUCCAUGUCCACUUUGGUAUGAAGUAACAGAAAGCAAUAUGCUUUCAUUGAUACCAUCAUGCCCAAGAAAAGCAAGAACACCUGGAUUUCCUUCAGCACCGUGGCUCAUCCCUGAAACACAAAUAACAUCUGGUACUCUAUCAGCAUGCCCACAGAUGGCUAAAACGCCAGGCUUUCCCUCUUUAGUUCAAAGCAAAGUUGAUAAGACUUUGGUAAAUAAUUGGCUUUUUAAGGAGAAAGCUCUUUGUAUCAGGUGUCUGCCAGUGUACACAUUUGACAAGCUAGACAUUGCUUAUCAGGACAAAGAGAGUUUUAAAGGAAUGUAUGCUAUUUUGCCAAGUUGUCCAGUGAAAGCAAGUGUCCCAGGCUUUCCAUCUGCACCAAAGCCCAAAUUAAUGGUUUAUCUUUUCGAUUCCUUCCCAACAGUCUCAAAUGUACCUGGGAUGCUAUCAAGCAUAAUAUCUGAGGUGGAAUUACAGUGGCCUGUAAAUGAAAGGCCAUUAUGGGUAAAACAAUUAAACAGAAAGGUUCAGUCCAUACAUGCUGUUCCUCCUCACUACAGAGAAAUAAAGGAUAAAGCCUUCAUUAAGCAUAUGGUAGCUUUACGCACAACUUGUGCAAUCAGUGCUAAAUUGCCUGGCUUCCCAUCUGCUCCAAGAAAAAUAACUGAGAAGAAAGCAUCAGAUAUGGUCUCCCUUGUGCCAUCUUGUCCACAUUUUUCAAAGGUAGUAGGUAUGCCGUCUGUUGACUUGGGAAAUGAAGCAAUAGAUUCAAGUGCAUGGCCUCUGGAUGCAAAGCAACUGUACAAGAGGUCCUCAAAGAACGAGUCCGAUAUGAUGUAUUCUUCAUUGAAUCAAACAUGUGACGACCAUCUGAAUUUCGACAUAGAAGACAUGGCUAUGAUUACGCCAUCCUGCGCAAAGCAAUCCAAUAUCCCUGGUUUUCCAUCCACAUAUUCAGAAUCUCCACAUACGCUUUAUAAUGCAAAUAAUACCCAAACAUCACCAAAAGAUGUUGGCCAUAAACAAGUAACUUCAACUGUGCUUAGUCCAGCAGAUACUGAGAUAGACCUGUCCAGUGCAAACAAUUUUGACAAUAGUAUUGCAUUAGAGAAGGCCAAGGAGAAUGUGAACUUUUGGGCAAGAUGUGAGGAAGGACAAAAUGGAAUUCUGAAGAGGGGGAAAAUGCAUUGCAGAAUGUGGCACUCCAUACCAGACAUGCCACUAUUACUGACUGUUGAGGAAAGAUGUCAAAGCAUAAGUGCUCAGAUUCCACCUUCUGAAAAUAACAGAGACACUCUGGUUAAAAACGAUUUUGUGGAUCAAGGUGUAUUAUGGACAUCCCAAGACAGACCAGAACAGUUUGCUGAAAGUUUUAAGCAAGAAGAGACUAUGAAAGAUCAUAAUAGAAUGGUACCUUCAACAGCUGAAGAUCAGCCUACAGGACUGCAACAAGAGUGUGUCCCAAACAUGGUAGAUCUUCUUCCAUCAUGUCCACUGUUCUCAAGAGUUUUUGGAUGUCCAUCAACAGCACUAUCUAGCAUAUGUAAAACAGACAUAAUCAACUGGCCUACUGAUUUAAGUAUAAUUUGGGAUGAGCCACGUAACUCACCAAAAAAUAUUGGAAACUUGGAAAAAUCCCUCUAUGAGGCAAAUAUGGUGUCCCUGACAUGCACAUGUCCAAAUGAAACAAGAAUACCUGGCUUUCCAUCUGCUAAGAGACCGACCGAGGCCCCAUGUAUAUCUUUUCCAGAAACAUUCAUUGUUGUUGACACAUCUACACAGACCCCAAUUCCAAAGGAAAAGCAUCAUGAGGAGUGGCUGAGCAUGGAAACAUCAUUAUUGGAAGAACAUCCUAAAGCAAAGCCAAUUUUACACAUCGAAAGCCCAGUUGAGUAUUCAGAGACGACUAUAAUGAUGGUGGAUACAGUUCCAUCUUUAAAACUUGAUUUCACAUCUGCUCCAAAGAGUGAAGAAAUACUUAUUCAAUCAUGUAAAGAAUUGAUUCUUCAAGAGUCUACAGUUGCUGAGUCAGAACUGAGGGAUGAUUCAAAGCCUACAAAUGAGAUAUUAACCUUUGUGUCUGAAAAUGCUGCACAAAUGACAGAUUCUAUCCCUGAAACCCAAGCAGAGCCAAAUAUGUUGGAGCUUCUUCCAUCCUGUCCAGUGCUUUCUAGAAUCCCUGGAUGUCCUUCUCUAAAGGUCCUUGAAGGCAUGGAGUGCAUGAGUGAUCAACCAGUAAUCUUUUGCAAUUUAUUAAAAGAUAGACAGACUGGUAUUUUUGGCCCCAUUAAUGAUGAAAAAGACUCCCAGAUUAUAGCUCUGGCACCAACAUGCCCAAAAGCAUCAUGUAUUCCAGGCUUUCCAUCUAGACCACAUCGUAAAUCACAGAUGGAGCCGAACAUGCAAAAAAUUUGUCCCUCUUGCCCAGAGAUUUCGCAUAUAGCUGGUUGUCCGAGCAUCCAGACCCCUAAGAUGUCCAAUUGGCCUUUGAGUACAGUUAUUUUGUGUUCGAAUCCAUUAAAGAAACCCCCUGUUGUUUUGGACAUGGACAAGAUAUGCAAAGAAAAUGUUCAUAGAAUGUUUGCUUUGGCACCUACAUGUCCAUCAGUGGUCUGUGUUCCAGGUUUUCCAUCUGUGUCCGAGCCAAUAAUGCUGCACAUGCUUCCCACUUGCCCAGAGAAGUCUAAUGUUAUAGGAUUUUCUUCUAAAAAUGAUAAUUUAGAUUGGUUUGUUGACAAGAAAACAUUGUACAAUGUAUCUUUUAAAAAGCAACCUGUUGUUCUUAAUGACAGAGUUGAUUGGCUUAGUGAAUUAACUAAAAUAAUGUUUGCACUGGCUCCAACCUGUCCAUCAAAGGAAAGAAUACCAGGAUUCCCAUUUGUGCAGAAGUGCAAAGCUACACUUCCCCGCAGUAUGGUUGAUCUACAUCAUUGCGUUCCAAAGAAGUCAAGAAUCAUGGGAUUCUCAUCAAGUGAGGAAAUAAACACAGGAACAUGGUUUGAGAAUGAAAGGUCCCUGUUGGAGAGGCCACAGAGAACCAGGUCAGAGCUGCUUGUCCAGUUUAAUUUAACAACUCUGUAUAAAGAAAUAGACAAAAAUAUUUUGCAGAGGAUGUUUGCACUAGUGCCCACCUGCCCAAGAGAAGCAUGCAUACCUGGUUUCCCUUCUCUACCUCAGGUUAAACUGGAGGGUUUCUAUCUCCAUAAAGAACCAGAUGUUGUCAGCCUUUUGCAUUCUUGCCCAAUGUUUUCUUUUAUUGUAGGUGUUCCUACAGUAAAAUCUGUACCCAUAGAAGAGUCUCAAGAAAGCAUAUGGUCCACUCAGAAAUCCAUAUGGGUUAAACCUCUUAAAGAAAAAGAAAGACAGUUUUGGUCUUUAAGUUAUACAAAGGAUAAUGAAGAAUAUUCAAAAACCAUGUUCUUGCUUGCCCCUACGUGCCCUGAUAAGGCCAGAAAUUAUGGUUUUCCAUGCUCAGAAAGGCUUAAAGAAGAGGGUCCAAUGACAACUGUCUUCCCAGCUUCUCCAGAGGCUCCAUUCUCUUCAACCUAUGAAACCGAAUUUAGACACCUGGUCCCUGAAGUGCCAUGUUCCCCAGUUGAAGCAAGGCUUCCUGAGUUCCCAGAUACUUCUACAAAUGCAAUUUCUCCAUCAAGUCCAACCCAAGAACACACCAAAUUUGAAGCCAAAUUUACCCAAUACAUAGAAUCUGAAAGUAAUCAAACACUGGAUAUAACAGGGCCUGAAAUAGGAAGUUCUUAUGAAAUGCUCUUGGCUGAAGGUAUUGAAAACCAUGAGUUGAAGUUUUUUCUGGAAGAGCAUCGUGUUGGGGAGCAGUCUGCUAGUAAAGCUCAUGAUAAUGCAGAGCCUGGAGAGACUGCUAUAGCCUUAGGAUGGGAAGUUUUGGAGGCAGAUGAUACUUCCACUGAAAAAGAAGGAUCUUCAGGUCUUGUUAGGACUAUAGUUGAUGUCUUUCACAGAGGUUAUGAGACAGUUGCUGCAAUGUUGCAGCCCUCUAGCUCUGGAUCAAUCACAGACACGGACACUUUAGAUCCUCUCGACAGUCUUUCAUCCUCUGUGGAUCCAGAGGACAGUGCCACUGGAUAUGAUCACUCAUUAGAGGAACUCGUACAGGCAGCGGAGUCUGAGGUUUUUGAUUCUGCUGAACCCUACAUGUGGCGUUUGGUUGGUGGUUGUUCAGAAACAUCACUGUCAUUAAAAGAGACUGAAAGCUGGUUCGUUGAAGAUGAAGAAUUUUGCCUAAUGAGGAAGUGGCCCCCUUUAACAGAGGCUGACCUUCAUGAGAUAACCAAAGAGGAGGAGAACAAAACAGAUGUUGACUCAUUGAUACAGGAGUGUACAUCUUCGGUUCAAGAAGGAACUGGUAAUGACGAGAUUGUGACAAAAAGUCAAAUGUUGAAGGAUGAAUUGCCAACCACACUAUUUCCAGAGGAGGGGCCACAACAUCAUUUUGUCCAAGAAGUCUCUCUUUUCAUCCAGCGGACUAAGGACGAAUUGCUGGAUGAAGAAAAACCACCUACGUCCUUACCGUCUUCAAUAAAUUUUCAUAACCCAAGGACUAUCAUAGAACAGACUGUUUCAGCUUCAAAAGAACCUGUGCCACCAAGAAGGAGUAAGAAGCAAGACAUUCUUCAAGAGACAUUUCCGUCAUCAUCACCAGUUUCCAAUACAGCUGAGCCAACUGCCCAGAGUGACAACAUCUGUGUCAUAAGACAAACUGAUCAUUAUUCUCAGAGUACAUCACAAAUUGUACAGCCAGAUACCCAACUCACCACCAUCCAGAGUUCUUCAGCUGUGGUAGAUAAGGGUACAUCUUUAGAAACAGAUCUCUUGACGGAUGUACCUGUCCCACUGACAAGCACUUCUUUUCCUGGUGGGACCUCUGUGAUAGAAGCAGCUGAAGCUGAAAAUGUAGUAAAAGUAUCCAAAAUUGAGAUUUCUUCACCAGAACCCAAAGAGAAGCCCACACCCAAAGAAAUUAUAGCAUCAUGCCAUAUCAACAGCGAAGAAAAUGUUCCUCUAGUGCCUGCUGAAGACACACAUUUACGUGCUCCUCAAAGGUGGAAGAAUAAAGCUCCAGCCAGCAAUGUUGAUGAAGCUGGUGGAGAGUUUGAAGAAAAGAGUACAUUGUCUUCUGUCAUCACCAGUAGGUCCCAGUCUGAAGACAAAAGAAAGACCCAUGCUGGUGAUGAAUUGAGCAUGAAAGUCCAGGUACAACUGGAUGUGAAUGUUCCUGAGGUAUCAGAAGUAAAAAUGCGAAUUAAAUGCGCUGAUCUUCCAGUCCCAAUGCCACGUGUAAAGAAACGUCUCAGUGGAUCUUUUGCAGAUGAUCUUCCUACUCCUUCAUCCACCCCUUCAUCUCAAACAGAUCCAGGUAACAUUGUUCUCCAAACAGAAGUCCAUCAAGAUUUAAGUCUUCCAGUCCCAGUGCCACGUGUGAAGAAACGUCUCAGUGGUUCUUUCCCAGGUGAUCUUCCAGUCCCUUCAUCAACCCCUUCAUCUCAAGCAGAUUCAGACAACAUUGUUCACAAUAGAGAAGACCAUCGAGAUUCAAAUCUGCCAGUUCCAGUCCCACGUGUAAAGAAGCGUCUCAGUGGUUCUUUUCCAGAUGAUCUUCCAGCCCCUUCACCCUACCUUCCAUCUCAAGUAGGUUCAGAAAGCAUUGCUUCACAAACAGAAGACCAUCAAGAUUCAAGUCUUCCAGUCCCAGUGCCACGUGUGAAGAAACGUCUCAGUGGUUCUUUUCCAGAUGAUCUUCCAGCCCCUUCAUCCUCCCUUCCAUCGCAAGCAGAUUCAGACAACAUUGUUCUCCAAACGAGAGACCCUCAAGAUUCAAGUCUUCCAGUCGCGGUCCUACAUGAAAAGAAACGUCUCAGUGGUUCUUUCCCAGAUGAUCUUCCAGCCCCUUCAUCAACCCCUUCAUCUCAAGCAGAUUCAGACGACAUCAUUCACAAUAGAAAAGACCAUCAAGAUUCAAAUCUUCCAGUUCCAGUCCCACGUGUAAAGAAGCGUCUCAGUGGUUCUUUUCCAGAUGAUCUUCCAGGCCCUUCACCCUACCUUCCAUCGCAAGCAGAUUCGGACAACAUUGUUCACCAAACAAGAGACCCUCAAGAUUCAAGUCUGCCAGUCCUGGUUCCACGUAUUAAGAAACGUCUCAGUGGUUCUUUUCCAGAUGAUCUUUCAGCCCCUUCACCCUCCCUUCCAUCGCAAGCAGAUUCAUACAACAUUGUAAACAAUAGAGAAGACCAUCAUGAUUUAAAUCUGCCAGUGCCAAUGCCACGUGUGAAGAAACGUCUAAGUGGCUCAUUUCCAGAUGAUCUCACUGUUCCCUCAAGUUGUCCACCUCCUGUAGAUUUACUUAACAUAGGAGUCCUUGAAGGAGUACCAAGGGAUACAAGCAUGCCCAUCCCAAUUCCCCACUCAGAGAAUCUCAGUAAUGAGUUCUCUGAUGAGAACCUUCCAAGCUUCCCUCAAGAAGAAGAAGGCAAGCCUAAUCUCUCAGAAAACAAACAAUGUUCUGUUGAAGUGGACACGCAGGUGAGGGCAGAAGCAGAUAUUGAGAACCUCAAGGGUUCCACCACCUCAAGUGCCAAUGAAGUAGAGCUAAACAGAAAAGGCCCAGAGGAGUCUGAUUUAGAACCUGUUGGCCAGUUAGUAUCUGUAACAGUUGUCAGUGAAAAACCUAAGACUGGUGCUCCACUUGGUGAACAUUGUAAGGACAAAGGGGAGACAGACCAACAAAUUGAAACAGAUAAAAGUGUUGAGGAAGAAAAGGAUGCUGUACAUUCUGGAGAUGAGGUUGAUUUGAGCAUGGACAGUGUAGAUGACACAGGUGUUAUCAUAGAUGAAUUUAGACAAGAAGUAGCUGAAGACUCCUCCAGUCUUCCUGUGCCAAUACCUCGUGUGAAGAAACGUUUAAGUGCCUCUUUCCCAGAAGACGUCUCCAUUUCCAGUUCCUCCUCACCCAAUCAACAUGAGGUUUCAGAAAAGGCCAAUAAUGAGCCGACAGUGCCUGUUCGUAAUAAACGAAGAGCUGCAGCAGAUGCCAUAGACCUUCAGGGAAGUUCCACAGCUCACACAUCGCCAACCAGUGAAACAGAGAUUGCGACCUUGGUGAAUUCAAGUCAGUCUCUGCUGGAAUGGUGCCAAAAGGUCACACAAGGUUACAAGGGCGUCCGGAUCACAAACUUCAGCACCUCAUGGAGAAACGGCCUCGCUUUCUGUGCCAUCCUGCAUCACUUCCAUCCAGAUAAAGUAAAUUAUGAAAUGCUGGAUCCAUAUGACAUUAAGCGCAACAACAAGAAGGCGUUUGAUGGCUUUGCUGAACUGGGCAUCUCUAGGUUGAUAGAGCCCUCUGACAUGGUGCUGCUGGCAGUGCCCGACAGGCUCAUCGUGAUGACGUAUCUCAACCAGAUCCGCACCUGUUUCACGGGCCAGGAGCUCAGUGUCAUACAGAUCGAGAAGAACAGCAGCGAGUCCAGUUACGCUGUUGGAGAGAAGAGGGAGGAAGCCGACCCUGAAGCCGCUGUUCGCUACUGCACAGAAAGGCUCCAGGGCAGUGGCAUUACUCUAGAGACUAAUGGAAGCUUCCCUGAAAAGGAGGUCAAGGAAGGUGCUGGUGUUUUGGUGCCACCUCCAAGAACGAAGCGAACGCAGGGCCCGAGCCAGGCUGGAGGAUCAGGGGCCACUCAGCCUCCGGUGGCACCACCGAGAACUCACAUCUCAAAGGCCUUUUCUCAUCUCAAGGAUGCAGAUCUUGUUAAAAAGCGCAGAUCGAAGCUGCGUGGAGAGUCACUGGAUGAGCCUGAACCACACGAACAGCAGAGCGGUACAGAGGCUGCAUCAGUCCAAGCAGAAAGUGAAGCAGCCAAAGGAGGUUCAGAGUCACAAAACGUAGAGAAUGUUGAAGAAGCCACUGCAGGAGAGAAACAGGAUAUCAGUCAGUAUGUACUUAGUGAGAUGCAGGCGCUGGAGGCUGAACAGAAGCAGAUCGAUCACAGAGCAGACAUUGUGGAAAGGAAACUAAGAAGACUUAUGGAAUCUGGUAGUGAUCGAGUGGAAGAAGAGACAUUGAUUCAGGAGUGGUUUACUCUGGUCAACAAGAAGAACGCUUUGAUCAGGAGACAAGACCAUUUGCAGUUACUACAAGAAGAGCAAGAUUUGGAGAGGAAAUUUGAGCUGCUAAAGAAAGAGCUACAAGAUUUAAUGGCUGUGGAAGAAUGGAAGAAAACCCAGGCCCAUAAAACCAGAGAGCAGCUGUUGUUGCAGGAGCUGGUGUCUUUAGUCAACCAGAGAGAUGAGCUUGUGCAUGAUAUAGACGCCAAAGAGAGAAGGGCUCUUGAAGAAGACGAGAGGUUGGAGAGAGGACUAGAAAUGAGGCGCAGGAAAUACGGAAGUCGGAAAGAGAAGUGUGUGUUACAGUGAGGGAUCCUGUGCACCUGCUUUUAUACAGGACUGUCCCCCGUUAAACACUGUGCUGAUGGACUAGUGAGGUGUGUGUGGACCACAUCACAUUAAAUGAUAAGGAGAUUGUUACUAGAUGAAUUCUCAUAUUGAAAAGUUUGAGCAGCAUGAAUGCUCAUUUCAGGGUGGAUUAAAAGCUGUUUUCUUUUAGAGACAUUUUUAGUCUGAAAAAGUGAAAUAGAUCGUAAUGGUCCAUAUCUUCUGACAGCAGUUCUUGUUUUACAAUUUUAGU